AUGGAAGAGCAGGCUGUGAUCAAUUCUGCCUCACAAUUAACUACAUUGACGGCUUGGUUCAAAUUAAAUUCUGCUCAUCCACCAUCUAGAUCUUACCUUUAUCGCGAAAUUCCUCAUCAUUUUUGGUUUGACAAGACCGCAAGGAAAUGGAAACCGAGAAAAAAGAGGAUCAACGUUAUUGGACGUAUUUAUUCUGUUUCCGUCAAGCAAGUCGAAAGACACAGUCUUCGUUUGCUACUUAUAAACGUUCCUGGUGCAACCAGCUUCGAAUAUUUGAGGACGGUCGACGGGAUUCUUCAUUCAACAUUCAAAGAAGCUGCUAUAGCAAGAAAUCUAAUGGCUGAUGAUAGCGUUUGGGAACGAGUAAUGGCGGAAGCAGUUGAAUUUGAAAUGCCCAUCCAAUUAAGGCAAUUGUUCGUAAACAUUUGCGUUCAUUGCUCUCCAACCAACGCUCAGUUACUUUUCAACAACAACCUGCAACAUCUCACGGAAGACUUUACUAGACGAGGCCAUGAAGAUGAAAUUGCAAAAAACCUAGCGCUCAAAUGUAUUCAAGAUAUGUUAAGGCAGAGUGGUCAUAAUCUUGAAGAAUUCCAAUUGCCUGUCCCUGAUUUUCAAAUGAUUCAGCGGCUGAUUGAAGAUGAAGCAGAUGAAGGUGCGGAUGAAGUGCGUGCUCAGAAGAGGAGACUAGGAGAACUAAUGGUUGCCCAGCUGAACAUGGAACAGCAAGCGAUCUUCGACCGUGUCAUGGCGUCAGUGAAUGAUCACGGUCGUUCAUCUGCAAACCAUCAGUUCUUUUUGGAUGGACCUGGUGGUACCGGGAAAACGUUUCUCUACAACGCUCUCAUUAAUGUGCUUGAAGGACAAAGAAAAUCGGUGAUUGCUGUCGCUUCUACCGGAAUCGCUUCGAUUUUACUGAUUAAUGGGAGUACUUACCAUUCCCGCUUCAAAAUCUAUCCCCCAAUUACGGAAACAACAACGUCGAAAAUAGAAGAGCACCAUGUUGAAGCAAACAACAUCAGGAAAGCCAGUCUCAUCAUCAUUGACGAGGUCACUAUGAUGACCGUACAUGCGUUGGACGCCAUUGAUAAACUUUUCCGAAAGAUCACGAAAAGUUCAGUCGCUUUUGGUGGUAAGGUGCUGUUGUUGGGAGGAGAUUUUCGUCAGUGCCUUCCUGUCAUUAAACACGGUAACAGGGUGAAAAUUGUUGAAUCGACCAUUAAAAGCAGCAGGACUUGGAGUGACAUUUUAAAGCUUCGUUUGAGUCGAAAUAUGAGAACCGCGGCCGACACCGUGUCCAGUUUGCCUCAUCCAUUUGGCUCAUCCAUCUUGGAAAUUCAACUCAUUCAAGAACGGCAAGUCUGGGACCGGAUGCGAUAG